CUCUUGCAGCAGCGCCACUGCCCAAUGGGGGGCGGCAACUUCUCAGUAACUCGUUCCCUGAAGAUUAUAUAGGUAGAAGAGAGAUUCGCGUUCAAAAUACUUUUGACUCUCUCCGCUCUCCGUAGUGUCUUAGCCCGCUCGAGUUUCAAUACGCGUUGUUGUUUGACGAAGCUGAAUCCUAUACACCAUCUGCUGCUCUCCUGAUCAUGGCUUCUCCGAGUUCUUUCACCUACUACUGCCCUCCAUCUUCCUCCCUUGUUUGGUCAGAGCCGCUGUACACUCUGAGACCCGAGCACGCGCGGGAGCGGUUGCAGGACGACUCAAUAGCAACAGUCACGUCCAUAGAACAGGCAAAAGUUGAAGAAAAGAUUCAAGAGGUCUUCAGUUCUUACAAGUUCAACCACCUUGUCCCAAGGCUUAUUUUGCAAAGGGAAAAGCACUUCCAUUAUCUGAAAAGAGGCCUUCGACAACUGACAGAUGCCUAUGAGUGUCUGGAUGCCAGCCGCCCAUGGCUCUGCUACUGGAUCCUGCACAGCCUGGAACUUCUCGAUGAACCCAUCUCCCAGAAUGUGGCCACAGAUGUUUGUCAUUUCCUGGAGCUGUGUCAGAGCCCAGAAGGUGGCUUUGGAGGGGGCCCUGGCCAGUACCCACACCUUGCACCCACAUAUGCUGCAGUCAACGCAUUGUGCAUCAUUGGCACCGAGGAGGCUUAUAACGUCAUUAACAGAGAGAAGCUUCUUCAGUAUUUGUACUCACUGAAGCAGCCUGACGGCUCUUUCCUCAUGCACGUGGGAGGUGAGGUGGAUGUGAGAAGUGCAUACUGUGCUGCCUCGGUAGCUUCGCUGACCAACAUCGUCACUCCAGACCUCUUUGAAGGCACCGCAGAAUGGAUAGCAAGGUGUCAGAAUUGGGAAGGUGGAAUUGGAGGAGUGCCAGGGAUGGAAGCCCACGGUGGCUACACUUUCUGUGGCCUGGCUGCGCUGGUCAUCCUCAAGAAGGAAUGCUCCUUGAACUUGAAGAGCUUAUUACAAUGGGUGACAAGCCGGCAGAUGCGGUUUGAAGGUGGAUUUCAGGGCCGUUGCAACAAGCUAGUGGAUGGUUGCUACUCCUUCUGGCAGGCGGGGCUCCUCCCACUGCUCCAUCGUGCACUGCAUGCUCAAGGUGACCCUGCCCUCAGCCUGAGCCACUGGAUGUUUCAUCAGCAGGCCCUGCAGGAGUACAUUCUCAUGUGCUGCCAGUGCCCCGCUGGGGGGCUUCUGGACAAACCUGGCAAAUCACGGGACUUCUACCACACAUGCUACUGCCUGAGUGGCCUGUCCAUAGCCCAGCACUUCGGCAGUGGAGCCAUGCUGCAUGAUGUGGUUCUGGGGGUUCCAGAAAACACUCUGCAGCCCACCCACCCUGUGUACAAUAUUGGGCCAGAGAAAGUGAUCCAAGCCACCAUGCACUUUCUGCAGAAGCCAAUCCCAGGUUUCAAGGAACAUGAGGACCAGGCAACAGCAGAGCCUACCACCGACUAGAGGAUGUGGGGUCCUGCAGCUCAGUGUCCACCUGCCCUACCCCCCAGUCUGACCCAGGUUUAUACAUUUCAAUACUAGAGCAUUCUGUGCUACACAUUGCCUUGGCCACGAUGGAGUGGUGGUUUUUUUUUUUUUUUUUUGGUCCUUUCUUGUUAAACAAAACAUAACUGAUGGUUUUGGGUUUGGAGAAGACAGUGGCGUGGUUCUAAAAGUUUCUUUCCAUACCUGCCAAACCAAAAAUGUAUCAGCCCAUGAAGCCUGGCCAGGAUGGCUUAGGGAACAGUGCAUGCUGGGAAGACCAGUCCCUCACCGCCAGUUUCUCCUCAACUCCCCAGCCUGAUAGUCCUGUUAAAGCAAAUGGCACAAGGCAAGCAAAAUAGCUCACUCAGUGCUCUGCUUUGCCAUGUCCGAAACCCAGGUUUGAGCUCAGCUUCCAUUGCACUGAAGAAAGCUUCAGUGCUGUGAUCCCUUUCAUUCUCUCUCCCUCCCCUCUCUCUCUCUCUCCAUCCCUUCUUCUUCCCCCUUUGUCUCUGUCUCUAUCUGAAAAAGGCAUCCUGGAGCAGUGAAGCCAUAGUGAUGGCAAUAAAAAAAAGGUAUCUGUGAGUAUUACAGCUUCCUGAGCCAUGCUACAGUUCUUACUUGCAUACCACCACCAAAUCCCCCAGGGAGCUCCCUCCCAUGAGUGGAGAUAAGUCUGCUCCCUGUGAAGGGGUACUCGGGUUCCACUAAAAAUGAAUCCUCAGAAGAAAACACGGUGGAACUUCACUGAGAGGUGCCAGAGGCUCUCACCUCCUUCCCUGGUCACUUUCAAGGGAAAGGAGCUGGUGGGGAGCGGGGAGGGGAGUCAGGAGUCCUCCCCCCACACUGGAGAACUGAGCCGCACAGCUCUCCAAGGUUGGGCUAAGUGCCUGGGCAGGAUUUGCCUCAGCCCCCGCUUGUGGAAAACCUGGAAAACUAAUUAUGAGUGGAAAAUGAACUUCUGGCUCAAUCUGUGCCAGAGGAAGCAGCACCGGCACCCACCCCAUCAUGCACAUUGAUGUACCCCUCUGAUCCUCAAGGCAGGGUCUGCAGCCCAUAACCAUUCUGUGUUUCCAUCUUUAUUCCACCAGACUCCCAGCCCACCCUCCUCCAAGACAAGUAUUGUCUUCUCUCACCCAACCCAGAGUAUUAACACUACUAAGUCUUUCACCUUAAUUUCUGAUUCAGGAUAUAUUCACGUCCUGCCCACUCCAGGCUCACAGAAACAAAAAUCAAGUGCUAGACAGGCUGACUGCUGCUGAGGCAGUGGCCCGAGUGCUGCCUGAGUGCUACCCAACCUUUUCUCAGUCAGUAGGGUGUCAAGUCGGGUCAUCCCUCUGCUACUGUGGUCACAGCAAGCUCCAUGUUGCUGAUGGGGCCUUCAUGUCAGCAACUGUGGGCUGCAGGGAGACAGGCGCUCAGAGAUGCAGCAUGAGGCUCUUCUCAGAAACUGACCAUUUGCUGCCUCUAAUUCCCUAUCGCUUUGGCUUAUUGGACUCUGUAUUACCUCCUUGAAAUAAUAAAAGAGUAACAUUUUUUUUA